AUGUUAACCGGUGGCUUCCCUCAGGGGAUUGAAAAGUUGCAGAAUCUGAUAUCUCUGUCAGUUGAGAUCAACUCUUUCCCAGGUGAUAUUCCAAGGAGCAAAGGUACGCUCAGAAACUUGCAGAGCCUUUUGGUCUACCAAAACAUGUUCUCUGGAGAAAUCCCAGAAAUCUUUUCAAAUUUAACAGGAGUUUCCGAGAUUGCAAUGGGAAAUAACCAGUUUUCUGGUAAAAUUCCCAUCAGUCUUGGAGAUUCUCAGCAGCUACAAACAUUGGACCUGUCUUGGAAACGACUCAAUGGAAGCAUAUCAGAAGAGAUUUUCAAACUUUCUGGUUUAAACUACUUGAUUUUGGUGCAUAAUAUGCUUUCGGGUCCUCUCCCAAGUGAAGUUGGCAACUUGAAGCAGCUUCAAGUUCUUCAUGUUUCUGAGAAUAACUUGUUCGGGGAAUUAACCUCAUCGAUCAGCGGCUGUUCAAGUUUGCUAUAUCUCAACAUUUCGAUGAACAACAUCACUGGUGAAAUCCCGGAUUCAUUAGGAAGUUUAAUACCACUAGAGGUCUUGGAUCUCUCUUCCAACAAUCUUUCAGGGCCAAUUCCACAUGACUUGGAAAAUCUUAAGAGAAGUUCCGACAGGAAACAUCUUUCGAACCGCAGCUUUUUCUCGAUCCAUGGUAACGGUGAGCUCUGCAGUAGCGAUCGAGAAAUUGCCAGGAAGUUGGAACUCCCUCAAUGCAAGACAGAGAGAAGACAAAGGAAUUAUUACUUGAUCAGAAUUUUAGUUCCAAUUGCUGGAGCUAGUCUGUUAAUAUGUUUGGUCUCCUGCUUUGUGUGGGCUUUGAUAUUCAGAAGGAAGAAAAAUCGGGUGAAAGGCGGUAAAUCAUUGCUUUCGGUGAAAGGGUUGCCGCCAUUGAUAACAUACUUUGCUAUCCAGCUUGCUACAAACAAUUUUGCAGCCAAAAAUCUGCUCGGCAAGGGAGGUUUCGGGUUGGUUUACGAAGGUAGAUUCAACAACCUUACACUUGCAGUUAAGGUUCUUGAGCUGCAACAAACCAAAGCCGUUCAAAGUUUUCUUGCUGAAUGUGAGGCCUUGAGAAAUGCUAGGCAUUGGAACCUUGUGAAGAUCAUCACCUCAUGCUCGAGUGUCGAUCAUAAAGGAGAUCAAUUUAAAGCUCUGGUUUUCGAAUUCAUGCCCAACGGCAACCUAGACAAGUGGCUGUAUCCAGAAGACAUGGAAUCCGGGACUUUUCUGACCAUACAGCAAAGAUUGAAUAUCGCCAUAGAUGUAGCUUCUGCCAUGGAUUAUUUGCAUAAUGACUGCGAACCACCCGUUGUCCACUGCGAUCUGAAGCCUGCGAAUGUACUUUUGGAUGAAAAUAUGGUAGCUCAUGUAGGUGAUUUCGGAUUGGCAAGGUUCCUUUCUCCAAGUCCAUCCCAAAGGGAGAACAGCACCAUGGGAUUGAAAGGCUCGGUUGGUUACAUUGCUCCAGAGUACGGCCUAGGGAGCAAAGCUUCAACCAGUGGAGAUGUCUAUAGUUUUGGCAUUCUUUUACUCGAAAUGUUCAUUGCCAAGAGACCAACUGAUGGGAUGUUUAAAGAAGAAUCAAGCCUAAAAAUACUGGCUUCAGCUAUGGAUAGAAAUCAAGUUUUUGAGACAGCUGAUCCGAGGCUUUCGAAGAUCCAAGGAAGUUCAGUACAAAGCUCGUUCAUCACUAGCUCCAGAGACAGCAGCAAUGGCGGUGAUAGCAGCAUCGACGGUGGUCACAUCGACCGGAAAUAUGAAGAAUGUUUAGCGUCUGUUAUCGGAGUUGGAUUAUGUUGCGCAGCUCAAUCAGCCAAAGAUCGCUUACCCAUGAGAGAAACCUUGACAAAGUUGCAUGAUAUUAGGAAGUAUUUACUUAGUUAA